AUGAUGGAGCAAAAAGAACGUUCGCCUUCUACGGCUUCGACGCCUGUUGAGUCUGCCGUACCCGUCACGGAAACGUCAGUACAGAAACCAGAAAACGAACAAGAAGAGAAAAAGGAUGGAUCGUUCAAAUACUACUUGCGCGUCUUCAAAUACAACGACACCAAGGGGUGGGUCGUCAACGCCGUUGCCUUUCUCUGCAUGAUUGCUUCGGGUACCGCUCUUCCCUUGAUGGAUGUCGUCUUUGGCGCAUAUGUCAAUGUAUUCAAUGACUUUGUCGCCGGCACCCUGUCACCUGCUGGGUACCGCAAGCAGGUCGCGCACUAUGCCCUCUUUUUCAUCCAUCUCUUUAUUGGAAAGUUUGUCUUGACGUACAUCUGGACGGUCGCCGUUUCCAUCACCUCGAUCCGCGUCGUCAAGAAGAUGCGCGUCGACUUUGUCCGGCAGACACUCCGCCAGGAAAUUCCCUUCUUCGACGCCCCCUCCAGCUCCAUCUCCAGCCAGAUCACCACGAAUGGCAACCUCAUCACCAACGGCAUCGCCGAGAAGCUAGGCAUCACCAUCCAGGCCAUAUCCACCUUUGUCGCCGCCUUUGUCGUCGCUUUUGUAGUACAGUGGAAGCUGACAUUCAUCGUCAUCUCCAUUGUCCCCGUCAACAUUCUUGUGACUGUCAUCUGCGUCAUGUUUGACAUGGUCUACGAGUACAAAAUGUUUGACAUUUACAGCAAGUCCGGCACCAUUGCCGAAGAGGCAUUUGCCACCAUCCGCACCGCUCACGCCUUUUGGGCCUUUCCCAAGCUCUCCCGCCGCUUUACCAAAAUUCUCGAGGAAGCGCGCCAGGUCGGCAACAAAAAGUCGCUCAUUUACGCCAUUCUCUUUUCCUUUGAAUUCUUUUGCAUUUUUGCCGGCUACGGUCUGGCCUUUUGGCAAGGAAUGCGCAUGUACGCCAGCGGUGAGAUUACCAAGCCUGGCACAGUUGUAACCGUCAUCUUUGCUGUUCUGGUCGCUGCCCAGGCCCUCACCCAGAUCGCUCCCCAAACCGUCGCCGUCUCCAAGGCUGCCGCCGCCGCCCACGACAUGUUUGCCGUCAUCGAUCGCCAAUCCGCCGUCGACUCGCUCUCCACCGCCGGCAAAACCAUUCCCGAUUUCCAGGGCAACAUCAAAGUCUCCAACAUUGACUUUUCCUAUCCUUCACGCCCCGACGUGCCCAUCCUCAAAAACUUUAGCAUCGAAAUUCCCGCCAACAAGACGACGGCCUUUGUCGGCGCCAGCGGCUCGGGAAAGAGCACGAUCUUUGGCCUGCUGGAGCGCUGGUAUGCCAGCUCGGCUGGUGAAAUCAUGCUCGACGGUCAUAAACUGACAGACCUCAACCUUCAAUGGCUGCGCACCAGCAUGCGCCUCGUCCAGCAGGAGCCUACCCUAUUUACUGGCAGCAUCUACCAGAAUGUAGUCGAUGGACUGUCCGGCACCGCCAUGAUUGACUUGCCCGAGGAUGAAAAGCGACGCCUCGUUCAGGAAUCCUGCAAAUCUUCCUACGCGCACGAUUUCAUCUCUGAGCUACCCAACGGCUAUGAUACCAUGAUUGGUGAGCGUGGUGCCUCGCUCUCGGGUGGUCAAAAGCAGAGAAUUGUGAUUGCGCGCAGCAUCAUUUCCAAUCCCAAGGUUCUCCUCCUCGACGAAGCCACCAGUGCCUUGGAUCCCAAUGCCGAAAAGAUUGUCCAAACAGCAUUGAACAAUGUCGGCAAAGGACGAACCAUGAUUGCUAUUGCCCACCGUCUCUCCACCAUCCGCACCGCCGACCAGAUCAUCGUCAUGUCCAAGGGCCAAGUCCUUGAAACCGGCACCCACUCUGAGCUCAUCAAGAUGAACGGCAAGUAUGCAGCCUUGGUCCGUGCCCAAGAUCUCGGCGACGGCGAUGCGUCUACAGACAGCGAUGGUGGAGAGGACGCCAAGCCCGAGGAAGCUCUUGAGCUCAUUGCCUCACGCGCAUCAGCGGGCGCGCAGAGCGUCCAAAUGGAAGCCGAAAAGGGACCUAGCUAUGGCUUAUUCAUGGGACUGUGGAUCAUCGUCAAGGAGCAGCCCGAGCUGUGGUGGUACCUUUUCAUCAUUUCGCUGUGUGGCAUCGCCGGCGGCGCCACCUAUCCCGCGCUCGCCGUGCUGUUUGCGCAGACCAUGGAUGCGUUCACCACCAUCAACGUCCCCAAGGCCAACUUUUACGCCCUCAUGUUCUUUGUCGUCGCGCUCGGCAACCUCGUCGCCUACGCCAUCUCUGGAUGGCUCGUCAAUCUUAUCGCGCAGCACGUCAUGAAGUUUUACCGCGCCGAGAUCUUUGACAACACCCUCCGCCAGGACAUGACCUUUUUCGACAAGCCCGAGAACAACACGGGUGCGCUUGUAUCCCGUGUGGCGUCUGAGCCGACCAGUCUGCAGGAGCUGCUGUCGAUCAACUGCGUCCUCAUUCUCAUCACCGUUGUCAAUGUCCUCUCAAGCGUCAUCCUGGCUCUCUGCUACGGAUGGAAACUCAGUCUUGUCCUCGCGCUCGGAGGACUCCCCGUCUUGAUUGCAUCCGGCUACAUUCGCAUCCGUCUUGAGUUCAAGUUUGAGUCGGACACGGCCGAUCGCUUCUCCAAGAGCAGCGGCCUUGCCUCGGAAGCCGUCAUGGGCAUCCGCACCGUGUCUUCCCUCGCCCUCGAGCAGGCCAUCAUCACCCGCUACCACGACUCGCUGCAGCACAUUGCCGCCAAUGCCAUUUCUGGCCUGGGCUGGAAAAUGUUCUUCUACUCGCUCAGCCAGUCCAUUUCCCUGCUCGUCAUGUGUCUUGGGUUCUGGUACGGCGGCCAGCUCGUAUCCACCGGCGAGUACACCACGUCGCAGUUCUACGUCAUCUUCAUCGCCAUCAUCUUCUCCGGCGAGGCCGCCGCGCUCUUCUUCCAGUACACCACGAGCAUCACCAAGGCCGGCACCGCCAUCAACUACAUCCUACGCCUCCGUCGCACGCGCAUUCUCUACGACAGCGACAGCGAACAGAAACCCAGCGAUGCGGAAAAGUCCAACGAACCUAUCAAGGGCAAAGAGGUCAUCUGCGACAAUAUUCACUUUGCCUACCCGCUACGCCCCAGCCUCAAGGUCCUGCGCGGCAUCGACAUUGGCAUCCGGCCCGGCAGCAUGGUGGCUUUUGUCGGCGCCUCGGGCUGCGGCAAGUCGACCAUGAUUGCGCUCCUGCAGCGCUUCUAUGACCCGACCUCUGGCCAGCUGCGCCUCGACGGCCUCGACGCCAAGGAGUACGACCGCUCGCAGUACCGCCGCGACAUUGCGCUCGUGCAGCAGGAGCCCGUGCUCUACCAGGGCUCCAUCCGCCACAACAUCUCGCUCGGCAUCGAGUACGGCGAGCCGUCCGAGGCGGACAUUAUAUCCGCGUGCCAGCAGGCCAACGUGUGGGAGUUUGUCUCGUCGCUACCCGACGGCCUGCGGACCACCUGCGGCAGCCAGGGCCUGUCGCUGUCGGGCGGCCAGCGGCAGCGCAUCGCCAUUGCGCGCGCGCUGAUCCGCGCGCCGCGCCUGCUGCUCCUCGACGAGGCCACGUCGGCGCUCGACACCGAGUCGGAGAAGGUGGUCAAGGAGGCGCUGGACCGCGCCGCGGCCGGUCGCACCACGAUUGCGGUUGCGCACCGCCUCAGCACCAUCCGCGACGCCGACACGAUUGUGGUGUUUGGCAAGGGGCACAUUGUCGAGCGCGGCACGCACGAGGAGCUCAUUGCGCAAAAGGGCGUGUAUUAUGAAAUGGUGCUCGGGCAGUCGCUGGACCGCGAGGCUUAG